UCCUGCUUGCAGGGGAUGGGGAGGGUAGAAGUCAAGGAGUCAGCGCUCUGCCAUUGUUCUUCUUCUGGAGGUCUGGGAGCGCAGCGGGACGCGACGGCGCUGGUCGUGGUACCGGACGGACGGCGGUCUGUCGUUAUGACGGGCUCCGGUCCGAAGCUCGGGGUUCUGCUGCUGGUGGCGGUUCUGCUGCAGACCGUGGUCGUCACCAUCACCGUGCUGCACUUCACCACGGCGCUCAACUCGAUGAAGGAGACGUUCGCCCGGAGCAGCGUUUCUUGUCUGACCGGCGCCGACCUCCAGAGCAUCACGGCCGUCCGGGGGGAUCCGUGCUGGCAGGUCACCCAGCAGCUUCACCUGCUCAUUGAGAAGUCUUUGUCUCAGCGAUACCAGAGGCACAUUUCUUCAGCAGUGCGAGAUGAAGUAUCUCGGGUGCUGCCCUCACUUGUGAUGGAGGACAGGGCUUCGCCUCGCCCCAAAGUCGCAGCUCAUGUCACUGGCAGCUUUGUGCCCAAACUGGAGCGAGAGGAAGGAGCUCCGGUCUUUGCCGGUCGGAGAGUCCAGGGCCAGAAGAUCUCAUGGUGGGAGGGCCAGAAGGGGCUGGCCUUCCUCCAGGACGUCCAGCUGGUGGACGGGGAGCUGGUGGUGCCACAGCCCGGCCUCUACUAUGUCUACGCCCAGACCUACUUCAGACACACCCACUCCCUGGAGGAGGAUGGCGAGGAGGCGGAGGACCGAGGGAAACCUCUGCUGCAGUACGUCUACAAAAAGGUGAGCUCCUACCCGGUUCCCAUCCUGCUGAUGAAGACGAGCCGGACCUCCUGCUGGUCCCGGGGCUCCCAGUUCUCGCUGCACUCCGCCCACCAGGGGGGGCUGUUCCCGCUCAGCACCGGCGACCGCCUGUUCGUCACGGUGACCAACGCCUCCGCCGUGGACAUGGAUGAGAAGAGCAGCUUCUUCGGGGCGUUUCUCAUCAGCUAGAGGCUCAAUGAGGGAGUCGCAAAAGGGAUUCUGCAAAUGGACCUUCGUGUUUUUUGUCAGGGUUUUUUUUUUUUUGUCUUAAGAAUUACAAACGAAAACUUUGACAACACUGGUUUCGUUGGCGGAGAGGACACUGACAUGGAUUUGGGGCUGUUUGUAUGCGUGAGAGCUCACCAGACUCAACUAUUUUUUUUUUACUUUAGUGUGCGAGAGUGGACUGAAUUUGGCAGAGAUCAUGGUUUCUGUUGUGCGAACAUUUCUUUAGGGCGAAACUUCUUUCAGCUUUUCUGGUCAUUGAUUAAACCCAUAUAAAGUGGCAGAUUUAGAUUAUUUUUUUUCACGAAAAUAACCCCUUCCUGCUUUAAUAUGGCUUAAGUGUAACUCUACGCCAUCAUUUCCUGCAGAAUGUGCAGAUCUGUGAAAUCCAUAACUACGUGUUCGAACCAGAAACCGAUUCUGAAGAAGAAUACGCAUUAGAAAAUCACCCAGGUUUAAAGAUUAAGGUUAAAAGCAAGAAAUUAAUCGAGGGCACCUUUAAAAGUAGAUUAUAUCAGAAUUUCUUAAUUUACACUUGAAUUUUCCAAACUUAACAGCUGAGUAGAUUCUUCAGACAUCAGAAAAGUUAGCUAACUAGCUUCAUUAGCUAACAAGCUUUGUUAGCGAACUAGCUAAACUCUACUGCGACACUAUAUUUAGUUUCAACUAUAAUUUACUCGUCUUAGUACAGUAGUAGUACUGGGUUUAGCAGAUAGAAAGUCAGCAAGUAAUGUAAGAAUAAAUUCUGACACAGGGGGUCCUCAACUUAUUUUGGAGUUCUGCUCCUAUGGCCCAACAUAAGUCGAUUUUCGCCGUAAGUUGGAACUCAAUCAGAAGAGUCUGACUUGUGCUUGGGAGCCAUAAUGAAGGGCAAAAAGUUAGUGAAUGUAGCAAAAUCCAAGGUGGUGUACAACCAGCGAAUGUAAACAAAGCCAUCUUAUAGCGCCGCAUGACAACGUAUUCAUCCACUCCGCUUGCCAACUGGUUUCAUGUAACCAGUUCUGACGUAACAACGAACUUCGUAAAUCGAGGAUCCGCCCGUAACCACUUCCAACGUAACGACGAAACGCCGUAGGUCGAGGACGCUGUAAACCAAGGACCUCGUCUAUAGUUAAGAUUUAUUUCACAUGGCUAAUGAAAAAUUUUUAAAAAGCCUAGAGAAGCUUUACAGUAAAAGAGGAAACCAAUUGAAGCUGAAAUCAAAACAUGCAACUACAAAAACAACAAAAAAAGGGAAAUCUACAAUUGUGGCACCAUUUCAUGGCUGAAAACUGUUUCUGAAGACUUUCAAUUUUUCUACUUCCAUUUCAUCCAUAUUUAUUUAGUAACUGGUCUUGUUUUUUAAGCCUUACUUUGGCUUAUUCACUACAUGCAAACAUGUCUAUUGUGACCACUUCUUUACAAAAUAAUCGAGUUCUGCCACUAAGAAACGUUUGUAUGAAACUCUUUUGCCAAUUCAGUCUACUUGCAUAAAUUUGAGGUGAAUCUCUGGAUGUGUGUUUGUUAAAAGAUGUAAAUAUUGUGCUAUAUUUUGCGUUCUUUAAAAUUCUUGUAAUAAGCCUUCAAAAAUGGAGAACCGUGAAGCAUAAAUUUACUGACCUCUGCUACCAUACAGAAACCAGCUGCCCAUGUUCACAGCAGGAUUAAAGGCAUAACUUCUGCUUUUAUUUCACGAGUUUAACAGUAGAAUAAGACUUUGCGUGGGCUGCACAGUGGCGUAGUGGUUAGCACUUUCGCCUUGCAGCGAGAAGAUCUCUGGUUCGCGUCCCGGCUUUCCUGGGAUCUUUCUGCAUGGAGUUUGCAUGUUGUCCCUGUGCAUGCGUGGGUUUUCUCCGGGUACUCCGGCUUCCUCCCACAGUCCAAAAAUAUGCUGAGGUUAAUUGAUCAUUCUAAAUUGCCCGUAGGUGUGAAUGUGUGAGUGAUUGUUUGUCUAUAUAUGUAGCCCUGCGACAGACUGGCGACCUGUCUAGGGUGUCCCCUGCCUUCACCUGAGUCAGCUGGGAUAGACUCCAGCCCCCCCCAUGACCCUAGUGAGGAUUAAGCGGUGUAUAGAUAAUGGAUGGAUGGAAGACUUUGCGUCGUGUUGUUGUUGGCAGCGGUGUUUAAGUCUCUCUUUGAGCUGUCAGUCUUCCAGUGUGUCGGCCUGAACCACAUUAACGAUUCUCCCUGACAGUGGGUAUUCAUGUUAUGUCAGAUUAACUGCAGAUGUGACUUGCAGACUUUGAAAACAAUCAUGCGCAUCAAAAACAGAAGAGCAGUGUUGUGUUCGACAAGGCUUGAUGAAUUGUCGUGGAAACUGCAGGACGUUUCAAGGAGGUACAAACAGAAAUCGUCGCUUAUAUUUGAGUGAAAAUGCAUCGGUGGCUGUAACUGAUGGAGCUUGGAAGUUAUUUUUCAGUCGAGAAAAUAGUAAUUUGAGAAAAGAAUCUUAACUUGGGGUGUGUUUACUAGAUUUCUUCUAGUUUGCAGCUACAUCUUGUUACCUUCUUCAGCUGACAAAGCUAGAAUGCCACAUGAACUCCAACGUCCAUGCUCUUAUCUUCCUUCGACCAACAGGUUUCAACAAAUUUGGCUUGCUAUUUUUUUUAUAUAAUCCUUGAAACAACCGCAUAAAUGAUGCUAAAAGCUCCAGAACAAACCUUUUAAGUGAACUUUAACCCUCCUGUUGUCCUCAUUUACGGGCACCAAAAAAUACUGUUUCCUUGUCUGAAAAAAAAUCCAAAAAUUCCCCAAAUUUCUGAAAAUUUGCAAAACCUUCAGGAAUAAAAUUCCAAUAAUUCCUUAAAAGUUUCCCUUAAAACUUUUAUUUAAAAAAAAAAAAAAAAAUCACCCAAAUUUGGCAAGAAAAUUCUUGUGAAUAUUUUCAAAAAAUGAGUAAAAAUCUUCCAAAAAAAAAAAAAAAAUCCUAAAAAUAUCUAAAGUGAUGAGAUAUAUAUCAGUAAAACUUCUAAUAUUUUGGAUUUUGGUUGAUUUUUUUGUGAAUGUUCUUAAGAAGCAUUUUUAACAUUUCUUUUUUCCAACAAAAAAUGUUCAAAGAUUUCCCAAAAAUAUUGAAAAUGUGGACAUCAGAAGUUUCACUGUGGAAAAUAUCUAUUUUUUUUUCACAUUUUCAAACUUUAAACCGGGUCAAUUUUGACCCGCAGGACAACAUGAGGGUUAAAUACUUAUUUUUAUAAAGAAAAGUUCAAUUCACUAAUACCUCCAACAAAUAGUUUCUGUUAGAGGUUUUGAAACCAAUCAUUGGUUUUUCCAACAUGACAUGAAUGCACCAAUCACUGUAGCACUUAUGUAAAUACACAAAAUGUCACACUUUCUCUGUAAUUUGCUGUUUUAGUAAGAUUUUCUUUUUGAUAAAAUGUUUUGGGUUUAGUUCUCUGGGACCAAACAUGAUGUAAAAUGAACAACAGUGAUUUCAUGUUUAAUUUAACAGCCUGCAGUAUUGAGCUCAGUAAAUUCCACAGCUGCAAACUUUCUGUUGUGAAUUAAGACAAAACUUACGUUCGGCCUCCGCGUAGGAAAAGCCAGGAAUCUUCCACCUGCAGCUGUUUUUCUUUUCCUGCUGGAGCUCAAACACCUGCAAGGCAUCAAAAAGACAGAACUGCAUGCUGAAACAGGCUGUUAGAGGUUGUAAACUGAGAUUCUUUUCUUUCCAGAUCGCUAAAAAUUAAUGUGAAUGUAAAUAAACAAGUGUGUGUAAA